UAGCUGUCUACGAAAUGAGCAGGAGCUCGUGGCUCUUGAGUAUUCUUAUGGUUGGUUCCAUAACUUAUGGUGAUAUGUUUCAGCGCAUUAAUCCAUUUGUAACAUACAUGGAAAUGAGAGGCGGGUUUAUUUUGUGCCAUGUUCCGCUUCCUCGAGACCUGUUCCGGGAUCUCCCUGGGUCUGGAAUAUGGACAUUGGUGGCUGAUAUUGAAUCAUGGAGCCCAGACGGACAUUUGGAUCAAAAUGUAAUUGUGUGUGCCCAAGAUGUGGGAGGGCCCUUGAACCAGUGGCUUCAUUCUUUUCCUAGUCUUGGUACGAGAAAGCCAGUGCUUAUAGUGACCGAGAAGGCCAAGGAGUAUAAUGCCACUUAUUCCGUGAUUAAUCAGCGGGUAUACUUUUUGGGCCUCGACACGCUCAAACUGAGUGAAAGAUACCAAGUCAAUGAGCGCAAAAUUCAACGGAACUUGGCUCAAAUCAAUCAUAAUUCCAAUUCGGUAACAUCUUUUGUGACUAUUGGUUUUUUACCGAGGCGGUCCAAUUUCCAUGGAUUGAAUCUAAAAGCCAUGAUCGGAAAUCAAAGUCCUUUCCUCAACAUUCAGGGAGCGUCUGAGGAGCAAAUUCUAACCCCCACGGGAGAUUUCAUGACGCGUUUUCCCUUCGACCAAGUCACUGGGAGUUUCAAGGACGUCAUGGUCAUCAUGGCCAAAGAAUUGAACUUCUCCGUUUCGUACUUCCAACGGAGGGACCUGAAUUGGGGCAACAAAGUGAAUGGUACUUGGUCUGGCAUGGUGUCAACUCUGCUGAAAGGCGAAGCUGACUUCAUAGGGGCUAGUCUCACCCUGACCCCGACUCGUUUCGAGGCCGUGGACUAUCUGUUGCCCAUCGGUCGAGAAACGUACGCCAUUUUCAUCAAAACCUCGGCUCAAGAGGAUUUCGAUUGGAAGGUGUUCAUUUUGCCGUUUUCUACUGGCCUCUGGCAAUUCUUACUCUUCAAUGCCCUGAUAAUGGUGUUGGCUGUCAAAGCUUUGGAAAGAUAUCACAUCUCUGUGGGUGAAAGUCGUUACAAGAGCAAUUUGAAGCAUUGUGAGGAUUUGAUCAUGUAUUAUUGGAUUGUGCUAUGUACCUAUUUUGGAAAAGCCUUUCCGUUGGGCAGCGGCAAGACCCCUUUGCCAGCCUCGAAACAAUGGUUGUUUUUCACGAUUAUGUUUGUGGGAAAUGUGAUGCUUAUGGCUUAUCGAGCUUCCCUUACAUCAGAAUUGAGCAACCGGACCAAGAAGUGGCCAUUUAUCACUUUGGAUCAGCUGCUCAUAUCUGACUAUCAGCUGCUGGCUCGAAAGGGAGGAUUCUCCGACAGUCUCUUCACGAACGCAGAGGAGGGGUCAAUUUUCCAUUCGUUAUACAACAAGUUCCUCAAGGACGAUCGUGACCAAUACAUGAUUAACGACAUCCCCACUUUGCUCCAAGAGCUCAUGCAGUCCAAGAAGCGAGCUCUGUUUUAUCUGCUGGAGACCGUUUAUACUUAUCCAGAGUAUAACUGCCAGAUCUCGGCACCCUGGAUCAGCAAUUACCCAAACUUCCUCUCCAUGGCCUUUCCAAAGUCAAGCCCGUACAAGGAAUUCUUUCAGUUUCUGCUCUAUGAACACUUGGAGUAAGGAACAGUGCGUGGUUUGAACCAACGGUGGAACCAAGACCCCCCAGAUUGUGCGGAAAACGAAGCGGUAGCAUUGGGUUUUGAGAAGUUGAUCAGUUUGUUCACGCUCUUGGUCGUAGGUUCAGGGUUGGCCAUCUUGCUCCUCUUGAGCGAAAUUGUGUCCGGGCAAUGGUUACUAGCCCAUGAUUUCAAGGCAACCUCUGGUGAUCGCUGUGUUGUUGACCCUUGGUUUCAACAGCAGCAAGAGAAGGUGCAUAAUUGGAAUGUCAGAAGGCGAAUAUCUUGGUUAUUCAAACGAGCCGAUCACUUACAGGACCGUGACGUAUUGAUCGCCCAAUUGGAAGACAUUCUAUUAGACCUUAAGAACCGAUAAGAAUGACUAAUAAUUGUAAAUCUAUCCAAGUCCCAUUGCUUAACGUCGACAAGGGUUUCCUUCGGUGUCCAAGGAUGCCACCCUCCGAACAGAGACAGAAUGAGAGAGCUCUCACUUUGGGAUUGAGUAUGCAAAGAAGCUGCGAUCGUACAAUAUUGAAAAAGUAAUAAAGAAAGACGGCAUUCUUAGACAUAUUUUGAUUAUUAUCUGGAAUAUUCUGACCGUCCUAAGGAAGUUAGAACUAAACGUGCAAAAAAAUCAAGGUCUUUAUAAAAUAGUA